CAUACUUAACGUCUUCAUCUUGCACCUCUCCUCGUUUAUAUGUAUGCAACCCGAACCAGCUGAUCCAGUCUCAUCUUCUUGCGCAUCUCUUCUACGUGGACAUUUCUUGAGUAGCUACAGCCUUUUAUUUUUGAAAUGUUUCAGUAGCUAUAGCUGGAUCCUCGAAGAGAUCUUCCAGGUAGUGGGGAUGGAUGAGCGUCCAAGGGUUGUGGACGUGUACAUGCACCUCGAUUGCUAUAGUUACAAGGCAUGCAUCGAAACUCUUCGUGCGCAGCUCGCCAAGCACCCAGAACACGAGGGCAACAUCUCCGACUACGGUGACUGGAUCAAAGAUCAUCCUCUGCUCCCCACGGAAGAAUCCUGUCAGCCGAAGAGGUUGAUGCACGUUCAUUUAAUAACGGAGGCGACAAGGAAGACAACCCUGGCCAUCCGGGAUGACAACAUGUACCUGAUUGGUUUCAGUAACGGGAGUGGGAAGUGGUACGAGUUCGGUGUGAACAAUGGCAAACAGGUGCCCUUCCUAACCGAGUCCACCUUUUUAGGGUGCGAGUCUGACUAUGGAUCCUUACUUGCCGGCAAGGGGAAUGAGGCCAAUAGGUGCCUGGGUGGAGUGAAGCUGGGGUUAAGACGUGCGCAACAAGCCGCGUGUCACCUGUCGUCCUACAACCAGGGGGCGGACGCAAUUGCUGGCACAGAAACCAAAAAACAUUUGCUGUGCUUGAUUAUUAUGAUCAGCGAGGGUGCUCGGAUGUUUCCGCACUACGACAGAGUCAUAGAUGGUCGGAGCACAGAGAUAUUUCUCGACGAUCGCGAGGUAAAACUUGUGAAUGAAUGGAGCAGCAUUUCAAAGGCAAUGAUAACGGCCAAGUAUUCCAAAACUCUGACAGAUCUGCAGAUUGAGGACCUAACCAGCGCAUGCCGUGUAGUUUGCCUGCUGAAAAAGUCAUCACAGCUGAAGAAAGCCCAAGAAAAGCAGCAGCUUCCGUCAUCAGAACAUGGCCAGGAAAAAGGAUCCCGGGGGCGGGGGCGGGGCCGGGGCCGGGGCGAUGGCCGUAAAGGUGGACGUGGAGGCCGCCAUGUCCCGAAGGAGUCAAAGGACCAGGAGCCACCGAAAUCAGAACAUGGCACACGGCAACAGCAGCAGGACGAGGAGGAGGCGCCCCUGACUUCUCCAGAACAAGGCCCACCGCAGCAGGAGGUGGGGGAGCAGGAGCAGGAGGGGGUGUUAAGGGAGGAAGAAGAGGAAGAUGAGCAGGAGCAGGAGCAGGAAUAUGACGACGAGGAUGGCGAUGACAACCACAACGAUGAUGAUGAUGAUGAUGAUGAUGAUGAUGAUGAUGAUGAUGAUGAUGAUGAUGAUGAUGGGCAAUUCCUGAUGGAGGUGUUUUCUGUGCGUGCCAACUCAGGCUUGGUCAGCAACAUCGCCGUCUUCGACGGGAAACGCGGCCAGAUCAUCUACAACCACGACGGACAAGGAGACGCUACAAUCGACUCUGAGGAUACUAAUUUGCAACUGACUGGACCAUAUAGAGCCAUCUCAGCUGAUGGACGCGUCGCUAUUCAAGUUACCAGCAUCCCCGCAACAGAUGCCUCUGACCAAUCCAGCAGUGUGCAAUGGGCCACCCUGUGGGACGGCUACGCCGACGACGCUGUGCAUGACAAGCUCUUGAUGGAGACCAUCGCCACAGGGACCAGCACGAAGGCGGUGGUGACCUACGUGGUGCUGAGCAACGCCAUAGAGGCCACCGUGCAGGUCCAGCUGAAGCUGAAUACAGUCACAACCGACGGGGUCCGCAUCAACGGCCAAAUCACCGCAAAAAUCGAACAAUUCAGCGACGAGAGCGUACUCUUCAGACAUCCUCAUAACGAAGAAGUGGAGUUACUCCCCUCGUCCGAUGGCUUAACAAUUCCUGUUCCACUGGCAAGGUCUGUCGUUGCGGUGCCACUCUACUCACCGCUCGUGGUAAAUGUCAAGCUUUACGUGGCAAUUUCUCCCAACCAUAAGGAUAUGGUAUUCUAUGAAAAAAAUCUUGUUUUCGACCCCCGUACGAUCUCGGACAAGAUCGAAUGGCCCGGUGUGCUUGUUCAAGUGACGAUCACCUCGGAGGACAUCCAACAUCCCCAAGAACGAAGCAACGCAACACCCGUUGCAGCACCAUCGACAAGCACUCCUUUGCAGCCUACGACUUCGGUUCCAGACAACCCACCAAGUAUACUAAAUACUACUACAGGCAAAGAUCCCAGACCCUCGAGUGUUAAUGAAGGCAUGUUGAUCGACACAGCAGAGGAUGGGCCAAAAUCUGAGGGUUUGUCACCGAUGCCUUUGGACCGGAGUACAGUCACUCAGAAUUAUCAAGAGGGAGGAAAGGCAUCCAUUGAGAUACAAGAAGCACCUGACACAGCCAUUGAUACUACGGCACCCACAACUCCAGCACCAGUUGUGAGCUACAUCCCUAAAGCUACAACCAGGACAGAAUGGAAGGGGGACCUGCUGGUUGAGGUUGCCUUGGUCAAGUGCGUGUUGGAGGGUGCACUGACAAAGGCCAAGUCAACGAUCGCAAAGGAGACAAAACUGCAGCAGAGGGCACUGCGUGACCUGACCUUCAUCAUUGGCGAGUUACAGAACAUGAAGUCCUCGCUCGACGUCGUGAACGAAGAAAGCGUCAAGAACAGUCUAGUGAAGUCCUGGGUGAUGCAGAUUGAGGAACUAGCCUACUACGUGGAUGGCCGCAUGGAACUUAUUCUGGAGAUGGACAAGGAGUCCGGACGGUUGCGUCGUCGGUUGUUUCGUCACUUGUCGGAGAUGGUCCCGACAGUUGCUCGUCGGUUGUUUCCUCACUGGUCGGAGAUGGUCCCGACAGUUGCUCGUCGGUUGUUUCCUCACUUGUCGGAGAUGGUCCCGACGGUUCCUCGUCGGUUGCGCUGCAUGUCUCGGACGACGCUGCGACUUAAGGACGGAAUCGCGGAGAUAAAGCUGCUCAAGGGUAUGAUCGAAGACGUGAGCAGGAGGAACGCACCCAACAGCCUCGCGGGCCUCUUCAGAGUCGUCUCUAGUUCCAACAACAAGACAGACGGCGUGCAGCAACAGCAGACCGUGCGCACUGUAACAGUCGUCAAUGGCGCACCAGAGCUCUAUAUGCUACUAGAGGGAAGUGAUGCGACCACAACGCAGCAAGGCGACCUCACCCAGUUGCUUACCAAGAGAGAUGACGACCUUCAAGUCAUCUCACUGUGUACAAGAGGCGAUUUUGGGAGUAUAUCCAUCAUCAGGAAGUCCUACAGUGACCCCCAAGUCUGCCAUAAUUUCGGAUGCCGCGCCUGGGUGAAGCUCACGCAGCCUUUUAAUCCCCAAGAGUUCGUCCGGUGCUUGAUGUCCCAGUUCUACACAAACAAUUGCGAAGAAGAGGGUUUAAUCACAGGCAUGGAAGUACUAAUGAAGAUGGAAGAACUAAUGAAGAUGGAAGAUAAAGCUACUCAUGUUAUGAAAGGUGGUCUGUUAGAAGAGUUCGCUCAAAAAGUCAGCAAUAAAAGGUAUCUGGUUGUCCUGGAGGACCUGUCCACGAUGCCAGAGUGGGAUGCUAUCAGAACAUUCCUUCCAGACAGGAAGAAUGGCAGCACAAUCAUCGUGUCGUCGCAGAAAUUUGAAGUAGCAAGCUUGUGCGUAGGACAGCCACACCAAGUAUUCGAUCUGAUGCAGUUACCUACUAAGCACGCUGUUCAUGCCUUCCUCAAGGGUCGUCGGACUGGUGAUAGAUAUGAAGGUGGCCUUCCUGUUUCUUCUACCGACAAAACCCUCCGCCCAGAAAAGGAUGCAGCCAGUGACUUGAUGCAUAGAUAUUCCCUAGUUGGACGUGAGACAGAAAUGGGUGAACUUGGUAAAUAUCUAGCUGAGGCACGUUUGAACUCUUCCCCGGUUGUUAUGUCCGUGUGGGGGAUGCCAGGCGUUGGUAAAUCAGCUCUGGUCAGACGCCUGUACCGCAACGAAAUGCUUGAUCGCCGCCGCCUAUUUGAGAAGUACAGAUGGGUGGAUGUAUCUCAUCCUUUCAGUUUAAGAGAUUUCUCUCGGAGCUUACUGAAGGAUUUUCAUCCAGAAAGAGACCCCAUUCAAGAGUGUCAGCAGCUUUUGGUGCAAUAUCAAUGCCUCAUUGUUAUUGAUGAUCUCCAGACCAAAGAAGAAUGGGAUCUGAUACGAGCUGCCUUGCUAUCUACACCCUGUCAGAGUGUUAUCAUUGUGAUUACGACGGAAGCAAGCACCGCCACAUAUUGUGCACAUGACCCAGAGGUCGUGUAUAAUGUCAAGGGUUUAGAAGACGAUGCGGCCUAUGAUCUCUUUACAGAGAAGUGUUCAUCACUUCAUCAAAAUAAUGAAGUGGUACGUCACGAUCCGGCAGUGGUACGAGAACUUAUUCUUAAAUGUGGCGGACUUCCUAAAGUAAUCGUUGCUAUAGCUGUUUUGUUGAGUACCAAGACAAUCAGUUGGAUGGAAACUGCGAAAAUUCUCAAUGAUAAAUUUAUGAAACAUUUAGAGGCCAACCCGGAGUUUGAUGGACUAGAGAAACUAUUCAGUUGGAUGCGUUCCAGCUUCUAUACAGGCCCAGAUAUUCUCAAGCCAUGUAUUUUCUACCUGCCAAUCUUUCCUGGAAACUACAUUAUUCGUCGGAGGCGACUAAUAAGGCGGUGGAUUGCAGAGGGUUACUCCAAGGACAUCAAUGAAAGAUCAGCAGAGGAGGAAGGAGAGAAUUUAUUCUCCAUGCUCCUUGAUCUGAGCAUAGUCCAGCAAGUACCACAGUCAGUCAGCAUUGUAUUCAAUGACAGUAAGAUGGUCUUGUGCCAGGUCAACAGUUUUAUCCAUGAGUACAUUAUCUCACGGCAAAUGGAAGAGAACCAUGUAUUUGUGCUGGGGGGUAGUAGUACCCUGACAACUGAACGCACAGGGCGUCAUCUUGUCAUAUUGGAGUCUUGGGACAGAGACAAAGAUGUAUUUCAGCGCAUUGAUUUCUCACGGCUGCGGUCGAUGACUGUGUUUGGAAAGUGGGAAUCAUUCUUCUCGCUCACAAUGUUUGGAAAGUCGAUUCAGGUUCUUGAUCUGGAGGGUGUAUCUGGUUUGAAGGAUGAAGAUCUUUUUAAGAUAGUGAAGCGGCUGCGCAGCCUCAAGUUUCUCUCCUUUCGAGGAUGCAGUGACAUCCACCAUCUACCAAGUUCGUUAGGUGAUCUGAGGCAUCUGCAGACUUUGGAUGCCAGAUACACCUCCAUAGUGUCACUGCCUGCAAGCAUCACCAAGUUACAGAUGCUGCAGUAUAUCCGUGUCGGCACCAGGUCAUCCAGCAGGUUGCCAGAGCCCCGCAGACGUCGUUGUGUAUUUGGUGUUGUGGUGCCUAGAGGGAUUGGAAAAUUGACAGCGGUGCACACGCUCGGUGUUGUCAAUGUCAGCGCUUCAGGAGGGAAGGCCAUUGUGGAAGAACUCAAGAAGCUCACCCAGUUGCGCAAGCUCGGGGUGUCCGGCAUCAACAGGAAGAACGGGAAACGGUUCAUCUCUGCAAUCUCAGGUCAUGUCCAUCUAGAAUCCUUGUCAGUGUGGCUCGAAAAAAAUAACGAAAGCUGCCUGGAUGACGUCCUCUUGCCUUGGGAGAACCUUCGGAGCGUGAAACUGUAUGGGCUUGGAAAAAUGUUGCCAGCACCAGGGAGGCAUCUUAGCUGGGUCAAGCUCAGGAAGUUGGAAUUGGAGAUGGCCAUUUUAACAGAAGACAGCAUGAGAUUCCUAAGCUCGCUACCACAACUAUGCAUUCUUCGUAUCAAGCUGCUUCAUAACCACGAGCUCCAUUUCCGUGUUAUGGUGCCUGGAGAAGAGGAAGAUUCUUAUAAAAAGGUCAAGGUCCUCCAGAUUGGUUGCGGUUUGAGCAACAGCAGAUUAGAUGUGACUUUCGGUUCAAAAGCAAUGAGAAAACUUGAGCUGCUCAAGAUUGACUGCUUCAGUGGGUCACCGGUAUACAAGUUCACUGGCCUAGGGAAUCUAGGAGAACUGAAGCAAGUCUUACUACCUGGCAAUUCCCACGCCCAAGCACUAAAAGAGCAACUUGAGAGCCAGUUUGCCGAGCAUCCAAACUUAGUGAAACCUGUUGUGAAGCUGGAAGAACCACCACUCUCGUCCUGAAGUAUCAUCGUCUCUGUUUUUUCUUUUUUUCCUAAGUGUUUUUCUAUCUACCACUGCUAACUCUACCCAGUCCUUGCAAUCCUUACUUGGUUUGUGUAACUGUCAUGUGGGGGGCGACCCACAUCAGGGGCCAGCCCAAGUGCAAGUUUAAAUACUACGCAGUACGAAUUGGAGAUGGUAAGGUUUCGUCCCGUAGAAGGUUUUCCCUGCUAUUUCCAAGUUUGUACAAGUUUGCUUCUAAUUCCAUUAGUAUGGCUUAGCCUCCAAGUUGUAAUUAUUUAUAUGCUAUUUAUAGCACUUCUAGUCGUGGAACAAAGCAAACAGA